UUCGAAAGUAAGUGACACUUGGUAGAUCGCGGAAGUUUUGAUUUUUGCCUUCAACGCCUCGACGAUGGGUGCUUCUGUUCAUCUGUCUGUGUAAGGACCAUGAAGAUAGAGGUUGUCUGUCUCCUCUUGUCUCGAGUAAGUGAGUGAAUAGAUGAACCAUGGCGUCAAAAGUACAAACGGCCAUUGCCACUGCAUCGGUUCUGCAUGACUUGGAGUCGGGUCAGCUGCCAAAUCUGGCCAACGAGAGACGUGAGAAUGAGUGGUUUCCGCAGUUUGGAAUUGUCACUUUGUUGACGCUGGCAUUGGGAGCCGUCAGUAUCACGUUCAACAUCUUGUCCAUUCUGUUUGUUGGCACCUCCGUUGUCUAUGUGGCAGGAAUAGUAGCGAUAUUGGUCGCCCCCAUCGUCAUGAAAAAUCAGAUGGAGAUGGAAGAUAAGGGCGGACUCCGACGAGUGCACAAUCGACUACGAGAAAACGUCAAUGUAUUGAGUUCUGAAAACACAAAGUUGUGUGGUCAUGUCAAUGAUCUUGUCAAACAGGUCAAGAGUCUAAAGCAUGUGGAGGAAGAAUUGGGCACUAUUGCCCAGGAAAAUGAACAAGAUGUAGAGACUCUGGUCAAACUCGUCAAGGAAAAUGGAGAAAUCACAAAAGCAAUCACUAAAGCAACAAAGGCACAAGCGGUUGCUCAAAUAGUAGAUGUGUUCCUGGAUAGUGAUCGAGACGAGUCAUCUUCAUUGGAUGAGAAAGAAAUCCAAAUGCUCUCCUACCGAUUGGGUAAUCUUCAUGGGAUCCAAGUAAAUCAAGAGCUCUUUCAACAAAAGGCCAAGGAGGAUUCGUCCAUGCCAGGAAUCUUGGCCAUUCUUCAUGCUUCCUUCAAAGCAGAUGUAGAACCUGAUGACAAGGUCUUUGUCAUCUUUGAGGAGGAUGAAUCAGGUGAAAACGCUGAGGAUGAAUCACCUGAAAACGGCGAGGAUGAAUACGCUGAACAAAAGGAGGACGAAUCAGGAGAAAAAGAGGGUUAUGGAUCACCUGAAAUGGCGGAGGUUGGGUCACCUGAAGAAGCGGAGGAUGAAGCUGCUAAACAAGAGGAGGACUGAAUGCCAGUAAGAUACAGAAAUCUCAGUCAGUGCAACAUGAUGAAGGGGGUUGUCAUUCAAUCAACAACUUGUCGGCCAGUAUCCCCAAUCAACACCCUCUUCCUUCUCCGUUAGUGCCUUGCAAGUUCGACAAGACAAACAGUAGCACCAAACUGCCUUGCAUCGACAGUUUUGCCAGCACACGAAUGAUCUUUCCUCCUCAUGGUACUACUACUAAUAGCUGUACUACCACUGUGGAUAUCAUUCUGUAAUCUGUUCCACCGUACUCUGUGUACAGUACUGGCUUUUAUCUAGCUAGCCGGAUGGCUGGCAAUAUGAUAGGAGA